GGCUUCCUGGUGAAGAUGAGCGGUGAUCUGCUGGACCUGGCUCUGAGGUUGCCCCGUGUCGAGUACGUCGAGGAGGACUCCUCUGUCUUUGCUCAGAGCAUCCCGUGGAACCUGGAGCGGAUUAUCCCUGCACGAUACCAGAAGGAUGAAUACCGCCCCCCCAGUGGAGGGGGCCUGGUGGAGGUGUAUCUCUUAGACACGAGCAUCCAGAGUGGCCACCGGGAAAUUGAGGGCAGGGUCACAGUCACUGACUUUGAGAGCGUGCCCGAGGAGGACGGGACACGCUUCCACAGACAGCAGGCAAGCAAGUGUGAUAGCCAUGGCACCCACCUGGCAGGGGUGGUCAGUGGCCGGGAUGCUGGCGUGGCCAAGGGCACCAGCCUGCGCAGCCUGCGUGUGCUCAACUGCCAAGGAAAGGGCACGGUCAGCAGCACCCUCAUAGGUCUGGAGUUUAUUCGGAAAAGCCAGCUGGCCGAGCCUGGGGGGCCACUGGUGGUGCUGCUGCCCCUGGUGAGCGGGUACAGCCGGGUCCUGAACACCGCCUGCCAGCGCCUGGCAGGGAUGGGCGCAGUGCUGGUCGCCGCGGCUGGCAACUUCCGGGACGACGCCUGCCUCUACUCCCCAGCCUCGGCUCCCGAGGUCAUCACUGUUGGGGCCACCAAUGCCCAGGACCAGCCAGUGACCCUGGGAACAUUGGGGACCAAUUUUGGCCACUGCGUGGACCUCUUUGCCCCAGGGGAGGACAUCAUCAGUGCCUCCAGCGACUGCAGCACCUGCUUUGUAUCACAGAGUGGGACGUCACAGGCUGCUGCCCAUGUGGCUGGCAUUGCGGCCAUGAUGCUGACUGCUGAGCCCAAGCUCACCCUGGCUGAGCUGAGGCAGAGACUGAUUCACUUCUCUGCCAAAGACGUCAUCAAUGAGGCCUGGUUCCCUGAGGACCAGAGGGUCCUGACCCCCAACCUGGUGGUCACACUGCCCCCCAGCACCCAUGGAGCAGGUGGACAGCUGUUGUGCAGAACUGUGUGGUCGGCACACUCGGGGCCUACUCGGAUGGCCAUGGCGGUGGCCCGCUGCGCCCCAGAUGAGGAGCUGCUGAGCUGCUCCAGUUUCUCCAGGAGUGGGAAGCGGCGGGGAGAGCGCAUUGAGGCUCGAGAGGGCAGGCGGGUCUGCCUGGCCCACAACGCAUUUGGAGGUGAGGGUGUCUACGCCGUUGCCAGGUGCUGCCUGCUGCCCCGGGCCAACUGCAGCGUCUACACAGCUCCACCAGCUGGGGCCGGUGUGGGCACCCACAUCCACUGCCACCCGCAGGGCCACGUCCUCACAGGUUGCAGCUCCCACUGGGAGGUGGAGGACAUUGGCACCCACAGGUGGCCUAUGCCGAGGCGACGAGGUCAGCCCGAGUGGUGUGUUGGCCACAAGGAGGCCAGCGUCCAUGCUUCCUGCUGCCAUGCCCCGGGGCUGGAGUGCAAAGUCAAGGAGCACGGGAUCCUGGAUCCUGGAGAGCAGGUCACCGUGGCCUGUGAGGAGGGCUGGACCCUGACCGGCUGCAGUGCGCUCCUGGGAGCUUCCCACAUCCUGGGGUCCUACGCCGUGGACAACACAUGUGUGGUGAGGGUCUGGGACGUUGGUACAAGAGGCAGGACCAGUGAGGAGGCCACGGCAGCCACUGCCAUCUGCUGCCGGAGCUGGUCCUCGGAGCAGGCCUCCCAGGAGCUCCAGUGA